UUUGCAUAAAAUUAUGUUGGCUAGGGUUUUGUUGUAUUUAUUAGUACUGUUUGAAUAAAAUUAAAGUCGGUGAACAUUUUCCUGAGUGUUGAAUAAUCAAAGAAUUGCCGGACUCCAAACAGCUAGGAUAAAGGCGCAUAGAAAUGUUUAUAGACGAAAAUGAAACACCCGAGACGUGGUGGGUGUCGGCAGUACUUCGCACAAUCCGCGCGGUGGCGUUGGUGUUCGAUGUCAUUACAUUCCCCGUUCAUUUACUGAUCCAGAGGCCAUGGCGGCGACGAGCCCUGUCGAGACGGAUAAAGGCGCGUGUAGUGGAAUCAACAAACGACUACAUCACCGUUCGGUCUACGUCUCAGCCGUGUGAGCUGCACCAGAGGCUGGUCCGUGAUGAAGUCAACACCAUGGAGAAGAUGCUUCGCGCGUCCGCCACCAGGUGGCAGGACAGGAAGUGUCUCGGUACCCGCACUGUGCUGAGUGAAGAGGACGAGCCGCAGCCUAAUGGACGUGUGUUCAAAAAGUACAAGAUGGGCGACUACAACUGGUACUCGCACACGGACGUGGAGCGGCAGGCGCGGCAGUUCGGCGCCGGGCUCCGCGCGCUCGGGGCUGAGCCGCGCGCCAACAUCGUCAUGUUCGCCGAGACACGCGUGGAGUGGAUGAUCGCCGCGCAUGGCUGCUUCACGCAGAGUAUACCAGUGGUAACAAUCUACUCUACGUUGGGAGACGACGCCAUCGCUCACGGCAUCAACGAGACCGAGGUAUCCACUGUCAUCACGUCGCACGACCUCCUGCCCAAGUUCAAGAGGAUUCUGGACAAGACCCCCAACGUGAAGACCAUCAUCUACAUGGAGGACCAGCUGAAGACCACGCCGAAGGACGGUUUCAAGGAUGGCAUCAAAAUCAUCGGAUACAAGGAGGUCGUUGAAAUGGGACGGACAUCGAAUAUUGAACCUGUGCCGCCAAGCCCCACCGACACGGCCAUCAUCAUGUACACGUCAGGCUCUACAGGCGUUCCCAAAGGAGUCAUUCUGUCCCACCGCAACAUGGUGGCCACUCUCAAAGCCUUCCUCGACGCCAUACCGAUAUACAGUGAUGAUAUCCUGCUCGGAUUCCUACCCCUUGCCCACGUGUUUGAGCUGCUGUCGGAGAAUAUGUGCAUCUUGGCCGGCGUGCCAAUCGGCUACUCAACUCCUCUCACCAUGUUGGACUCGUCCAGUAAGAUCAUGAAGGGAACUGCGGGCGACGCUACUGUCCUGCAGCCGACUUGCAUUACUACUGUGCCGUUGAUAAUGGACCGCAUCAGCAAGGGUAUAACGGACAAAGUGACCCGCAGCGGUCCGCUGGCCAGCGCGUUCUUCAAGUGGGCGUACUCGUACAAACAGCUGUGGAUGCGACGCGGCUACGACACGCCCCUGCUUAACCGUAUCGUGUUCGCCAAAGUGCGCGCUUUACUCGGCGGGCGUAUACGUCUGAUGAUCUCAGGCGGCGCGCCGCUCGCGCCCGACACGCACACGCAGGUGCGGCUGUGUCUGUGCUGCGACGUCGUCGCCGGCUACGGUCUCACUGAGACCACGUCUUGCGCUACUGUCAUGGACAUCCUUGAUAGGUCAACUGGCCGAGUGGGCGCCCCGACUACCGGACUCGAAAUCAAACUAGUCAACUGGGAGGAAGGAAACUACCGAGUUACCAACAAGCCAUUCCCGCAGGGCGAAGUGGUGAUCGGCGGGGACAGCGUGGCGGAGGGCUACUACAAGAACCCGACGAAGACGCGCGAGGAGUUCCUGGACGAGGGCGGCCGCCGCUGGUUCCGCUCCGGCGACGUCGGCGAACUGCACCACGAUGGAUGUAUUAAGAUUAUCGAUCGCAAGAAGGACCUCGUGAAGUUACAAGCGGGCGAGUACGUGUCGCUCGGCAAGGUGGAGGCGGAGCUCAAGACGUGCCCGCUGGUUGAGAACAUCUGCGUGUACGGCGACAGCUCCAAGAGCCAUACGGUCGCGCUCGUUGUACCCAACGCGGCACUGUUGUCGGAGUUGGCGGCUAAAGUGGGAAUCGCCGACGCGCCGUUGGAACAGCUGUGCCAGAGCGCCCCGCUAGAGAAGGCUGUGCUACGGGAAAUCGCUGAUCAUGCACGCAAAUGUGGUCUGGAGAAGUUCGAAGUGCCCGCAGCGGUGAAACUGUGCAAGGAAGUAUGGUCCCCCGACAUGGGCCUCGUGACAGCCGCCUUCAAGAUCAAGCGCCGCGACAUCCAGGAGCGCUACAAGGAGGACAUCAAGCGCAUGUACGCGUCGUGAGAGCUGCGACACUAGGAACGUCCGGCCAAGUGAGACAAGAGACAAUUGUACGCCUGGACGCUUUCAACUUUCAGUGAAUAGUCGGUGUUUUUAAUUUGUUGUAAAAUUCCUAUAAAUCUUCAAUGAUAGCUGUAGGAACCCUGUCCUAAGUGAAUGAUAUUAUCGGAACUGAUAUUUGUCUGUAUAUUGUGCACAUCACGUAAAUUAUUGUAUGCCAAAAUUUUAUAUUGUAAUGAAUUAUGUGGGGAUAUUAUUUAGGGGAAGUUAAAAGCGAGUAGAAAUCGUUUUUCAUCGGUUGUUUUUUCUUUAGAUAAACGUUUGCCGAAGUUAUUUAAAACUGGAAGGAAUAUUAUGUUAGUAACAUUUUAAAUGUGAUUCUUAAAAGUUUUAGAUACCCGAUUUUACUUUUUAAACAUGUGCAAUAUAAAAAAAACUUCAUCUUGGCUUGACUUAAAGCCCUAAUAUUUAAGUAGCAAUUUCGCAUUACAUGAUAUUAGAUUUGCUUGUCAAAUUACAUGCAUACCUAUUAUAUUAUAAUAUUAUACUUAAAUUAAUGCUAUGGAUAAUAUUACACUUGUUAAAUUUAGUCGUACUAUUGUAAUGAAGUUAUUUCUUGGAAACACAAAGAUUAAUUUUGUUAUUGACAUAAGAAAUAUCAUUGUAUGAGGUUCCGUUUUAUAUUAUAAACUAAGUUGUAAAUAUUUAUUUAUGUGUAUUGUAGCUGCCUGCUUAAGCAGAUAAUUAGUUAUAAUUGAUCUCUGAAGUUAUUUGGUGUCCAACAUAGAAGUUUUCUUUUAUAUUUUUUAUCGCAGCUUACACUGUAAACUGUAUAGUCAACAAAAUUAUAGUUUUGGCAUUGUUCAAAUGUAUUUAAUCAUUUUAUAUAACUACUGCAAAAUGUGCAUUUAACUUGCGUUUGAUAGUAACAGAUAUUAAAACAUUUAUACUUUUACAUUCCAAAAACGUAAGUUUGUCGACUGUACUUUGCAAAGCGUUGAUCAAAUAGAUUCUAUUGUUUUUGUUGGACUGCCGUAAUAACUAUAAGAGUUUUCGGAGCAUAAUAGAUAGAUCUGAUAAAGAUAGCGUCAUAAUCUUGCGGUCACACGAGUAAUAUUACGGCACAAAGUCAUGCUGGUCGUUGACUAUCAUUACGCGCAAUUAAGUCUACUUAUUAUAAUAUAAAAUGAUAUUAUUACGAUAAGAAAUGAGGGUGUGAUUACUCGUGUGGUCGCGAAAUUUACAAAUUCUUGGCCUAGUCUUUCAAAUAUAAUAUGCCACCGUGUAUUAUACUUGAUUGUUUAUUAAGCGCGCCAACCAAUUUUUCUUCAAACCUUAGAUACAAUGAACUUUGAAUUUACGAAUACCGCGGUGAGUAACAAUUUUCGACUAGGCUUUAGUACUUAGGGGGUGGGGGCGCGUGGCGUGUCAGCAUAAUUUUACCAAACGGUGUCUUUUUAGUUCUAGAUUGUAAAUUGUUGUAACUAUUUGUAUAAAGUAGGAGCAGUCUAUCGGCCGAUUUCUUUUUCUUCGAUCACGCCCAUCGCGAAAGAUAGCUAGAAAUGUUGAAAUGAUCAUAUUACAAAUGUAUAUAUGGAGGAGGACGAUUGGCGUAGUCGAAAGCAUUUUUCAUAAUCUGGGGCGCAUUUUUGGAGCAUUUAUACUGUCUAUAAUAUCCAUUGUGUACUUUAUUCGCUCUGGGUACUUGACAUCCAAAUGUUUACGAGGCAAAUCUAGAAUCUUAAACUGUAGAGAUGUAAUUUGCACACAUGUAAUUAUUAAUUUUAUUUUAGGAACCUGUAAAGAAUCGAGAAAAGUUUUGUGCACUAUUCUUGAAUAUUAUGUUCGGUAUAUGUAGGUGUAAAACUUUGUGAGACAUGUUUAGUACCCAGAAUGUUGUGUAUAAAGAAAUUAGAUUCGAGAUUAUAGUGUUCAAUUUAUCGUAUCUCUAUAUAUUAGUCGUUCGCUAUUAUCUGUAGCGUUUUCGAUAUACAUAAUCGUUUUGAAUCAGAUUCGAUUGAGUUUGGCGGAGAUUUGGAGAAGAUAUUUGCUCAGUUUGUUUGAGUUGUUUAAAAUAUUGGAUAACAAUUUUGUAUUAUUUAUUCAAUAAAUGUUAAUAAAAACAA